AUGUUGGUUCGCCUAAUUCGGUACUAUGCUGGUUGGGCAGAUAAGAUUCAUGGUCUCACAAUUCCAGCUGACGGGGCCUAUCAUGUGCAGACAUUGCAUGAACCGAUUGGUGUUGCUGGUCAGAUCAUUCCAUGGAACUUCCCUCUUCUCAUGUUUGCUUGGAAGGUCGGUCCGGCGUUGGCGUGUGGCAACACUGUUGUUAUGAAAACAGCCGAGCAGACACCACUGUCUGCGUUGUAUACAGCAAGACUAUUUCUUGAGGCUGGACUUCCUCCUGGAGUGUUGAAUAUAGUGCCCGGCUUCGGUCCAACGGCAGGUGUUGUUCUUGCUAGUCACAUGGAUGUUGACAAGGUUGCAUUCACUGGUUCAACUGCAACCGGCAAAGUUAUUCUUCAACUUGCAGCUCAAAGCAAUCUUAAACAACACACUUUGCCCUAUUCUUCAAAUCAAGGACAAUGUUGCUGUGCUGGGUCUCGUACAUUUGUACAUGAACGUGUGUAUGACGAGUUUGUCGAGAAAGCUAAGAUCCGCGCUUUGAACCGUUCUGUUGGAGAUCCAUUCAAGUCAGGAAUAGAACAAGGCCCUCAGAUUGAUUCAAAGCUAUUUGAGAAAAUAUUGAGAUAUAUCAGAUCUGGUGUCGACACUGGGGCUACUCUUGAAACUGACGGAGAAAGGCAUGGCAGCAAGGGCUACUAUAUUCAGCCUACUGUUUUCUCAGACGUUCAGGAUGACAUGCCGAUCGCAAAAGAAGAGAUAUUUGGUCCAGUACAAACCAUAUUAAAAUUAAAGAACAAUGAAGAUGUAAUUCAAAGAGCAAACAAUUCGAAGUAUGGUCUUGCAGCAAGGAUCUUCACGCAAAACAUAGACACUGCUAAUACUUUGACAAGAGCAUUGAAAGUUGGGACAGUUUGGGUGAAUUGUUAUGAUGUAUUUGAUGCUACAAUUCCUUUUGGUGGGAUUAAGAAUAAAUAG